AUGUUUGACUUGAUGAGAAAGAGUCAAUUCUUGGAAUGUUUUUCGAGUAUGAAAAUUGGAAUAGGUACAUUAGUUAGCGAUACUGUAAAGUUGUGCAAUUUUAUUCGAAUGUGUGGAAAAUUAACUAAACUUGAUGUUAGUUCAUGGUUGGUAAAUGCAGAGGGAGCCAAUAUGAUAAGCAAUCUCGCUCAUUUGGCCGACCUUGAUAUCAGCAAUAAUCAAUUACUUGAAAGAGGUUCAAAAAUUAUUAGAGAAAUGACUCAAUUGACCAAACUAAAUAUUAGCAGAAACAAUAUCAAUGCAGGAGGAACCAAAUCAAUAUGUGAAAUGACUCAAUUAACUGAUCUCGACAUCAGUAACAAUUUUAUAGGCAAUGAAGGUGCCAGUUAUAUUGGUGGGAUGACCAAAUUGACCAAUCUUUCAAUUUCUGAAAAUCACAUUGGAGUUGAGGGCAUUAAAUCACUUUUUCACAUCAAUAAUUUAAUUUGCCUUAAUAUCAGCUCUUGUAAAAUUGGAGAUGAAGGAGCAAGGUUGAUUAGUGAGAUGAAGCAAUUGACCACCUUAGAAAUUAGUCAUAAUGAAAUUGGCUCUUAUGGAUCCAAAGCUAUUAGUGAAAUGUAUCAAUUGACUAAACUUAAUAUUCGAUACAAUGUACUUGGCAACGAAGGAGCUCACUAUAUUGGAAUAAUGGAACAAUUGACUGAACUUGACAUUUCUCAUAAUCGAAUUAGCGGAGAAGGUGCCAAGUCAUUAAGCAAAUUGAGUCAACUCACAAAAUUAGAUAUCAAUACCAAUGAAAUUGGCGAUGAGGGAAUGAAGUCAAUAAGUAAAUUGGACCAAUUAUUAUAUCUUGACAUUGGAGAGAAUGAAAUUGGUGAUAUUGGAACGGGUUUAAUUAUUGGAAUGUCCAAAUUGACUGAACUUUUGAUAAAUGACAAUAGAGUUGGAAAUGAUGGAGCUGAAUCACUUGCUCAAAUGCAUCAAUUAACUCAAUUGGAUAUUUGUAACAAUCCAGUGAAUGAUGAUUCAUUGGAAUUGCUUUCAAAACUUCCAGAUUUGAUAAAUUUCUACUUUUGUUAA